GAAGAAAUAAUAGAACCAGUGUCCAAAAUUGCUGAUAAUGAUGCUCUAAAAGCUAUUAAUUUAAUUAAAACAUAUCUUUUGCAACAAUCAAAUGAGUUCAAUGCUACUAAUAAUGAUAGAAAUACCAUCUAUCAGUUAAGCAAGAAGAUUUUAAAAUUAUCUGUUUUGCAAAAAAAACAA